GCAGGGCUCCGGGAGGCCGCGUCGAGGAGCGCGCGGCCGCGGCCGUCCCCUCCCCCACCCCUCGCCGCGCACGCCGGGAACCCGUCUCCGCGGCUGCUUCGGCUGCGGCGGUCGGUAGUCGCGAUGGACUCUCCGUGGAAUGAGCUGACCCUUGCCUUUUCUCGCACUUCCAUGUUCCCCUUUUUUGACAUCGCCCACUACCUGGUGUCGGUGAUGGCGUUGAAGCAUCAGCCGGGAGCAGCAGAGCUGGCAUGGAAGAAUCCUCUGUCAAGCUGGUUUACUGCUAUGCUCCACUGCUUUGGUGGAGGAAUUUUAUCCUGUGUACUGCUUGCAGAGCCUCCACUUAGGUUUCUUGCAAACAGCACUAAUAUAUUACUGGCAUCUUCAAUCUGGUAUAUUGCAUUUUUUUGCCCAUGUGACCUAGUUUCCCAGGGAUAUUCAUUCCUACCUGUUCAACUGUUGGCUGCGGGGAUGAAGGAAGUGACCAGAACUUGGAAAAUAGUAGGUGGAGUCACACAUGCUAAUAGCUAUUACAAAAAUGGCUGGAUAGUCAUGAUAGCUAUUGGAUGGGCCCGAGUUACUGCACCUAAAACUAAAAUCAGAGAAGGAAAUGAUAAAGCAGAGGAGUUUAUUUUUUCAGGUGCAGGUGGUAGCAUUAUCACCAAUUUUGAGCAGUUGUUAAAAGGAUGUUGGAAACCAGAAGCAGAGGAAUGGCUGAAGAUGUCCUACACUGCCAAGGUAACCCUGCUGGGAUCAGUUAUCUUCACAUUCCAGCAAACCAAGCAUUUGGCAAUAUCAAGGCAUAAUCUUAUGUUCUUCUUUACUGUGUUUCUUGUGGCCACGAAGAUAACCAUGAUGAUUACAGAGACUGCUCUUAUGCCUUUUGCUUGUUUUGAAGAUACAUUGAGUCGGAUGCUGUUUGGCUGGCAGCAGCAGUUUUUACCCUGUGAAAAGAAAAGUGAAACAAAAGCAUCUUUCAAUGGUACUGGUUCAUCUACCUCAAAACCUGUAGCUAAUGCUUCAGAGAAAGUUAAAAAGAAACAUAGUAAGAAGACUGAGUAAAUUCACUUGAUGAGCUUUAGAAAGCAAAAAAUUUUCUUAUCUACCUGUCAGAUUGUGAUAAAUAUUUCUUGUAAAUGAUGUAAAUAAAGAUUAUAUAUAAGAAUUGGAGGUGACAAAAAGAAAGAACUUCUUUCUGUUUCAGGGAGACUGUCCCUUUCUGGAUUGUAAUUUUCUGAGUGUUAUGAGUAUAUCAUGUGAAAUUGUUUUUCUAAGUUACAUAUAAAAGAUUCUAUUGUGAUUUUUGAAAGUUUUAUAUGGAUAAAAGAAGACUGUAUUUUUAAAAAAUGUUCGAAAAAGUAAACCUACUGUCAUUGCAAAAUAACAAAAAUUAAAGUCUUAUUGUUUAAUCUAGAUAUUUUCAUAAAUUUUUAUUUGAAUCUAUUUGAGUUUUAGUUUAGCAAAAUUAAACUUUUAUUUUCACAUUACCAUUAUAAUUCCUAGAUAUGAAAAACAGUUCUUGUUUAAUUUUGAGUACUGGGAAGAGUAAACUUUACCUAAAUCACUUUAUAUUAUGAAUGAAAAUAAAUUACUAGCUUAUAUCUCAGAAAUGAACAUUGUAUUUUUUGCCCACAUUAAAUGGAAAUAUCUGAAAUUUAAUUGUUUUCUACUAGCAUUUUUCAGUGAGAAUAGAAUAUUAUUAGUCAUAAUCUUAAGUGUGUUUCAUGCCCUUGUUUGUACUAUUUCUUUUUUCUCAAAAGAAAAUCAGGGGCAUAAUUUUUAAUAAGUUAUUAAGUCCAUGUUGCUUUGUAAGUUUUGAGGAGCUUAUUUUUUUCCUCUCUCCUUAAAACACAGUAGUUUUAACUGUGGGAGAAAUUCUUCACAGCAUUUUGUAUAUUCUUAAGGAUUAUUUAAAUUUAAAAAAUUUACCUUAAUGUUUACUUUCUUAUGAGUACUUCUCAGUUUUCUAGUUGAAUGUCUCUUACUAGUUUUACAUAUGUUUGUUAUGUUUUUUUUUGUUUGUUUGUUAUGUUUUAAUGUACAUGUACAUAUAUUACUAAUUUUAUUUUACAUUAAAACUAGUUACCCUUAUGUGUAAAUACUCAGCUCUAAUGAGAAUUGACCUCGGGCAUCUGACAGCAUCCAGCUAACUAAGAAGAAACAAACUAAAAUCUUGUAUGGUAGUAGUCUACUUGAGUAAAGAAUGAUGACGUUACAUUUUGUACCUAUUGGCAAAAAUAAUUACAAUAAUAUAAUAAUAAGUAGAAAAGUUAUUAAAUAAUGUUAAACUUUAUUUUAUAGUUUAAAAGUCCAGUUAUAAUUUUAAAAACUUUGUGACUGACAUGAGUUCUUCUGCUAAGACCAUGAGCCUGCAUAGAGUUAGUAUGUAUCAAGCAUUUUUGGAUGACAUAGAAAUAUUCAAAUCAUACUCAAUUUGGAAGUCUUGGUUUUUAAAAUUUUUAAAAAUAUAUAUAUAAACACCAGCAGGUACUAUACUUGCUAAGAAAGUUUGUUUUGAGGGGGAGGACCUUUGAUAACUUUGGAAUGAUAAGAAGUUAAUUUUUUAAUAGUUAAUUUUUUAAUAUUCUGAAAAGUCAUGAAAUAUUUAAGGGUUCUGUGUUAUAUUUGAUACUUUUAUAGUUAACUUUUCAGAAUUAAAAUGUUGCUAAUUACUGGCUUAGUUUUGAAGUUUGGGUUUCACUGUAAUUGAAAUGGCAGGAAUCUUAUUUUACACUUGUAUUAAAGAUAAACUUAUUGCAAUAAAUUAUUAUUUUUAUGUUUC